UUGUCUGCGAUCGAAAUUAGAAACAAAAGAAUAGUAAUAAAUUAAUAAUAUCGAUUAGAGCAGAUCAAUUUUAUCCAUAAAACAAUGCCCUAAAUCGGAUUAAUGAAGCGUCUUUUGGGGGAAAAGUAUUCAAAUACUUGUUAAGCCUAUAAUCUAUUUGUUGUGAUAUUUCUUUGGACAAAAGAUUUAAGAUGGCAGAGUCAAAGAAAAGUUCGCUCACUCCUCUAUUUACAGCGUAUCAAUUGCCGAAACAACCAUGACAUCAACCAUUAAAAGGGCGAAACGAACGAAAGGCACUGCGAAGCUGAAGGUUGACUGAAAAUGAGACUGAACCAUGAAGGGGCAGGGAGUGCUCGUACGGUGGCUUGGUCUGCUGGCCGUGGUUCUCGCCACCGGCAUCCGGCAGUUGUCAACGGGCAUCAGCCCCAACGAGCGCCGAUUCCAGUGCCUGCAGCCGCGGAUAGUCGGCCAGACCAACUGCUCGCCCUGCGCCGAGCUGUACAUCUUCAACAGGAGCUCGGGCCACCGGCGAUGCGAGCACGUUAACGGGCGGUGCUACCCGCAGCGCACCGUCUUUGCCACCGCCCGCCUAUGCGAGAUCAUCUGCCAGCCGUACAUCCAGCGGGCCACGCUCCACGAGAAGACCACGCCGGUGCCACCGAUCGUGCAGCCCUACUUCGACAGCGACGAGGAAUUCCAGUGAGGUUUCAACAAGAAUAAGCUUCAUUUAAUUCA